AAGUGCUGGAGGUACUCUAGUGUCAGGUCAAGCACCGUUUGUGGAGGGAGACGGACAGACAACGUUUUGGGUCAAGGAUGGUUCUUCAGACUCCUGUUUUUAACACGUCCUUUCCCUGUUGGCGGUUUGGUCCGUGAACUGAUUUUAAAAAAUUCUGCUUGCAUCAGCUGGAGACUUCUUUCCGAGUAAGUGAACGGCUGGGGCUGAGACAGUGCAAAGCUGCUGUUGUUAUCUUCUGAGAGAUACCCCUCUCUGCUCCUUCCAUUUCGUGGUACAUCUCUCGCUAUUCAAAAACCAAGAGACGUUUAUUAUCAGCCAUCCCUUCCUUCCUCACUGAUCCACAGUUACAGCCAGACAGCAUCAUACAGCUGGAGUACGCAGGGAAGCUCAGCUCUUUCUGUGUUUGCUAUUUGGAUUGUCAUGUUCCACGGGAUGUUUCCGAUCCAGCAACAAGCCCAGCUGCAAACUGACAUUGCAUUUAUAAGAUGCACACUCUCUAAUUGAAAAGGGAUCCUAGUGCCUUGAAAGACAACCCCGUUGACGUCCUCGGCAGAACGAGGUUGACUGACAUUAUUCCUACUACAUGAUCCAAGCAACUCCGCUCUUUAGAAAUCAGUUAUUUUGGGAAGCAGGCGGCUCCACAACUGAAAGAUUUUUCAAUUGUAAAGCUUUCUCCCGAUUCUACCAAUCGUUCUGAGAACUACGGGCUGUUGUCAUGAAGACAUCGAGCAUCUUGCAAUCAUAGUAUGUCACUUAGCCAGACUGAAAUGGGCAAGUUAUCUUUUAUGGGCACUAACAUUGGAUAUUCACGUGUUCACUCUCUGUGAUGGAUGGAGCUGAUGCAAAUGAGAGUGCACGAAGUGACAGUAAGCCACAUGAAAUUCCUGGUUUUUCUAUGGUUCAGAAGACAAUCCUCAUCACAUUUCUUUCCGCUAUUAUAAUAAUGACUAUUUUGGGAAAUCUGCUGGUUAUGGUAGCUGUUUGCAAGGAUAGGCAGCUGCGGAAGAUCAAGACCAAUUACUUUAUCGUCUCUUUGGCCUUUGCUGACCUGCUUGUUUCAGUCAUGGUGAUGCCAUUCGGAGCUAUUGAAUUAAUACAACAGAACUGGAUAUAUGGAGAUACGUUUUGCCUUGUCCGCACUUCUUUGGAUGUCUUGCUAACCACAGCAUCUAUACUUCAUCUCUGCUGCAUUGCUUUAGAUAGGUACUACGCCAUUUGUUGCCAACCUCUGGUUUACAGGAACAAGAUGACACCCUCACGUGUUAUUAUAAUGCUUGGAGGCUGUUGGAUCAUUCCUUCAUUUAUUUCAUUCCUUCCUAUCAUGCAAGGCUGGAACAGUAUUGGGAUUCAGGAACUGGUAGAGAUAAGAAAAUUCCAAAAUGACACAAACACAACAUACUGUGUCUUUAUGGUGAACAAACCUUAUGCCAUUACGUGCUCAGUCGUAGCAUUUUACAUACCUCUUAUUUUAAUGGUACUGGCAUACCAAAGGAUAUACGUGACUGCCAGAGCACACGCCCGGCAGAUUGAAAUGUUGAAACGUGCAGGUACCUCAAACGAGUCUGGACAACAUGCUGACCAUCACAGCAAUCACAGAAUGAAGACUGAAACCAAAGCAGCCAAAACUCUGUGCAUCAUUAUGGGAUGCUUUUGCCUCUGUUGGGCACCAUUUUUCAUCACAAAUGUUGUGGACCCAUUUAUAAAGUACUCUGUCCCAGACAAGAUUUGGACGGCGUUCCUCUGGCUUGGGUACAUUAAUUCAGGGUUGAAUCCAUUCCUGUACGCUUAUUUGAACAAGUCCUUCAGGCGUGCCUUCCUAACAAUUCUGUGCUGUGGUGAGAGGUACCGGCGAUCUUCUUUACUGGGACAGACAAUACCCUGUUCUACAGCGACAAUCAAUGGAUCAACACAUGUAUUGAGUGACUCAUGGAAUAUCAAGCUGGAAGACGUCAAAGAUAAUGAAGAACGGGAGCACAUGCCAGAAGAUGCCGUGCUGGGAGGACCAGAUGAUUGGAAGGGGUUUCCAAAGAAGCAGACAUAAAAGCCAGGCUGAAGCUGAAAUCAAAAGAUCUUCCAGCAAAGAGAAAAAGAUAAGAGUAGGCAGUUUUGUAGCUCAUGGGCAAAUGCAGAUAACUUGAGGAAUGUGCUAUAGUGGAGGUAAAGUCACUUGUUGAGUGCUGUUUUUAAUGGUUGUAUCUGGUUAAUUUUCUAAAUAUGAUUUAAAAAAACCAAUUUUAAUCCAGACCAAUCUGGAUGCCCAUGGAAUAGAUGAAUUUUAAACAUUGCAU